AUGCACACAUUUUCCACAUUACCCGUCGAAAUUGUUUAUCGAAUUAUGGAUCAUCAAAAUGAGCAGACGCUAUUUUGUUCAAUGCAAAACAUUUCCCGGCGGCUCAAUCAGAUCCUGAGCACCUAUGAGCGAUAUCGAACACUCACCGCACUAGAUCUCGGCCAUAACGGCAUCGGCGAUAAAGGAGCACAACACAUUGCGGAUGCGUUGCGAACGAACACCACACUCACCGCACUACAUCUCGAAACUAACAAAAUCGGUGCUAAAGGAGCACAACACAUUGCGCAUGCGUUGCAAACGAACACGAUACUCACGUCACUAAACCUCAAUUGGAACGAAAUCGGUGCUGAAGGAGCAAAAUGCAUUGCGGAUGCGUUGCGAACGAACACUACACUCACCGCACUACAUCUCCGCAAUACCAAAAUCGGUGCUGAAGGAGCGCAGCAUAUUGCGGAUGCAUUGCGAAUGAACACCACACUCCACGCAUUACAUCUCGGCAAUAACGAAAUCGGUAAUAAAGGAGCACAACACAUUGCGGAUGCGUUGCAAACGAACACGAUACUCACGUCACUAAACCUCAAUUGGAACGAAAUCGGUGCUGAAGGAGCAAAAUGCAUUGCGGAUGCGUUGCGAACGAACACGACACUCACUGCACUGGAACUCAAUUUCAACGACAUCCGUGCUGAAGGAGCACAACACAUUGGUGAUGCAUUGCGGGUGAACACGACACUCACCGCACUAAAUCUCGGCAAUAACGAAAUCGGUGCUGAAGGAUCACAACACAUUGCGGACGCGUUGCGAACGAACAGAACACUCACCGCACUAAAUCUGGGCAAUGACAGAAUCGGCGCUGAAGGAGCACAACACAUUGCGGAUGCGUUGCGAACGAACACGACACUCACUACACUAAGCCUCACUUGCAAUGGAGUCGGUGCUGUAGGAGCACAAUACAUUGCAGAUGCGUUGCGAAGGAGCACGAUACUCACUGCACUGGAUCUCGGCAAUAACGGAAUCGAUGAUAAAGGAGCACAAUACAUUGCGGAUGCGUUGCGAACGAACACCACGCUCAACACACUAAAUUUCAAUUGGAGCGAAAUCGGUGGUGAAGGAGCACAACACAUUGCGGAUGCAUUGCGAACGAACACGACACUCACCAGACUAGAUCUCCAAGGUGACAGAAUCGGUGAUAAAGGAGCACAACACAUUGGGGAUGCGUUGCGAAGGAACACGACACUCACCACACUAAGCCUCAAUUGGAACGGGAUCGGUACUGAAGGAGCACAACACAUUGCGGAUGCGUUGCGAACGAACAUUACACUCACUACACUAGAUCUCGGUAAUAACAAAAUCGGUGCUGAAAUGAAACAACAGAUUGCGAACGCGUUGCUUAGAAAUUGCGUUAAUUUGGUGUAG